AUGUCUUUACUCCCCGCUGAAACGGCGCAGUACACUGCUAUCAUCGAUGGCAUUCUCAAAAAGAGCGACCUCCAGACCAUCUCGGCCAAGCAGAUUCGCAAGCAAUUGCAGGCUGCUUUAAAUCAGGACAUAUCAGACAAAAAGGGCCCAAUCUCCGACCUCAUUCACGUCCGGUUCAACCACUUCGAUGCUAUUACUCGCGCCGCCGAAGAGGCAUCUACAAACGGCCACGGAACCAAAGACGUCAAGCAAGAAUCAACACCACCCAGCAGUUCGCGCGACUCUGCCUCCGCAGACAUAAAAUCCUCUCCCUCCGACUCUGAAGAAGAUGCGGCGCCGCCUAAGAAGAAGGUCAAGAAGGAGAAGACAGCGGUGGAUGAUGCCAAGCUAGCGGCUAUGCUGCAGGCGGCUGAAAAUCGUUCUGCUAGAGCUACAAGAGGUGCUGGCAAUAAGAAGGUGGUCAAGACGAAGCGUACGCCCAAGAAGCCAAGGAAGAGCGCGAGUAAGGUCAGGGCGGAUGAUGAUAGUGAUGUAGAGCUGGGCAGUGAUGGAGAGGUCAAGGAGAAGCCAAAGAAGGGAGGUUUUCAUAAGCAGUACCAUUUGAGUGCACCUUUGGCGGAGUUGGUUGGUGAGCCUACGCUGUCCCGUCCUCAGGUCGUUAAGAAGAUUUGGGAGUAUAUCAAGGCGAGGGACCUCCAAGAUCCAGCCGACAAGCGACAGAUCCGCUGCGACGAAAAGCUACAGUCGGUUUUCAAGGUCGAUAAGGUACAUAUGUUUACCAUGAAUAAAAUCCUCAGCAAGCAACUCUAUGAUGUGGAGGAAUAG